GGAGGACCCCGCCCACCGAGCCUGUGCGAGUUGCGCGUUGUACGGAGGAGUAUCACACGUGGGAGCUGAAGCAGCUGAACGCGGAUAAACAGAGUGAAUAAUGCGGAUCUGAGCUCUGAGUUUCUGCGUGUUUUAAUCAGACUGAGCGCUGAUGAUCUGCUGAAGCUCUCUGUAGGAGCUGGUGGGGGGUCAGGAGUGUGGAGAGCAUGGAGAGUAUUUUAGAGGCGAUCACUCAGAGUGAGCUCGUUCAGCUGGACUCUGGGAGAGAUGUGGUGUUUGAAACUCCUUCCACAGACGUUCUCAACACUAUUUCACAGUAUUUUGAGGACCCAGUGAGCAGAUUCGAGGACUCGAGUGCUGCUAAACCAUAUUCACCUGUCUCAGACAGUGACUCUGGUGACAGUCUGUUUUUGACUCAGGCCGUGAGUCCGGUACUCAGGGCAGUUAAACGACACCGCUCCUCUGAAAGAUCUGCUCUUCUCAUUAAUUCAGAAUCAGAUGAUGAGAAUGAAGCAGUGCACAACAGUGGUGUGAGACGGCUACAUAAACCACGUCCAGCAUAUGUUCAACCAAAGAGGACAGAGUUCCCUUUUCUACAAAAGUGUAAGAAGUUUCGCUUUGGAAGACUGCCUGUCUGCAAGAACCAGGUUCUAGUGAAUUCAGAGAUCGGGGGCUUCUUUAAAUGUGUACAGAAAAUCAGCCAGGGAAAUGAAGUGCAAAGAACAGAGCUAAGUCCAGCAGUCUCUUCAUCUGUGCGGGAAGAAGAAAGUGUGGAAGAAGGGAGCAAAGAGGAGGACCAUGGAAAUGAUGAUGAUGAUGAUGAUGAUAUCAGAGUAGUGGAUGCAGAAUGUUUUAUUUUCAACACCGGUGUAAGAAACAGACAACCGUGGCUUCCGAAAACCAGAUGGACAGUGAGACUGAACAAAGAAAAAAAGGAAGAAAAAAACAAACAGAAGCAAAAGAGUCAAAAACAGAAAGGUGCUAAAGGAAAAACAGGAGUUCAAAAGCAAAAAGCAAAGCAGCAAACAGAGAUCCAGAAGAGAUCACGCACCAAUAAAACAUCACAGUGUAACAGCAGGACAGAAAAGCAGAAAAGUGGCACCACUGUAUCCAGGAACUUAGUCUCUUCUCCUGAAUGUUCCAGCAUGAGACAUUUACUUCUGGACCAAGAGGAACACAGUGAGAAACAGCUGGACGUUUUGGCCACAUGUUCUCAGUCUGUAGUACAAGUUGUAGACCAUCAUUUUCAUAGCAGAUCUCAUUCAGCCCAUCAAUCUGCUGAGACGUGUGCUGCGAAUGUGCCAGAAGGAGAAUUGGACAAUGAAAGAAUGGUUGAGGAAACACAAAUGCCAGACUCUGACCAGACUUUAGUGGAAGCUGAGGAAACACAUGUUCUUGAAAUGGUGGAGGAUAGAUCGAAAAAGGUUGGUGAAGAUGGAAGAUAUUUGGAAAACCUCCCAUUUAGAGAACCUCGGGAGAGUGACAAGGAUCCCGGUGAAGAGGGACAUCAUGAAGUGCAGGAUCAUGAAGACUGUGGGGAUUCUAUAGGUUCAGCGGAUCUGUUUGGGGAAGAGGGGAAUCAGUUUGAUGAACUUAUUGAUGCACCCAGUUUGACAGAUGAGAUAAGACCUAGGGAUGGUGAUGAAAACCAAGAAAGUUGUGUGGUACAGUGUGACGAGGGAAGCCCAGUGAGAGUGGAGAACACUGUGGCUAAACAAGCAGAGAUAGCCAUAGAAACAGAAAGCCCGCUGUUUAAUUAUGGUGGUAUGACCUUUUUAAAAUGGAGGAAAAGAAAAACGUCGGAAACAUCUGAAGUCUCUCAUAGCUUGCUUUCAGAUGCAGGUCAAUACAACAGAUCGUCUACAUAUGAUGAUGCUUGUGGGCAAAAGAAGAGAAAAACAUCAAGUCAUUUGGAUAAGGAUGGCAAAGGUGAGGAGGAGAAGGAGGAGGAGGAGGAGAAGAAGAGGAGUCUUGAUGUCAGGUUAUCACAGGAACCAGCACAGGCCUCGUCAAUAUCUGAAGCAAACUUCCCUACAGGAGCAAAAGAAAAUUGGAGAGUUGAGAACAAUGUUCAAUCUUGGUCUUAUAGCAGUGAUGAGACGUGUAUAGAAGAAGAUAAUCAGAUUACACGUCCGACUUCAGAAGGUCUACUGUCUGUAGCUGCAGCUGCAGCUGUAACUGAACCUGAACCAUCAACAGCAAGUAAGCUUUCUACUCCUGUAAGGACUGGAGAAGAAGUUCAGCAGGAUGAUGGCAGCCCAGCGAAGAGUCUUGUCCAAUCACAGGAGUUUGGACCACUAAAUACAAAGAAAGCAAAGAAUGCUAAUGAUAUGCAAACGAUGGACUAUGCCAAACAGGUUGAGUCAAGCCUUGGUACUACAACACAAAAACCUGUGGAGACGUCAACCCAACCAGGAUUUCUAGAGAACAAUGAUGUAGAAAGACCAGAAAGAGAAGACAUUUCUCCUUCCACAAGUACUCAGUCAGAUCAUACAGUGGAACCUUUAAAAAGCUGUGAUGAAGAAGCUAAUAGAGAAAAACAAAUAUUUUGCAAAGACAUACAAUCUGUUGACUUGGUUACACCAAAGAAGACUAAGACAAAAAAGAAGAGGCAGAAGAUUGUUGAAGAAAGCCUGGAUCCUGAGACAAGUCAUAUAGAAACGACAGGUUGUGAUGAACAGCAAGUUACUGAAUUAGUUCCAGAGAAACAACACAAGAAAAAGAAAAGGAAGAGAGAGCAUGAUGUUGAAGAAAAUUUAAAAAUCACAGAAGCCAGUUCUAUAGAAACUACUAAGCAAGGUGAGGAGAAAAUAUUGGAAAAGAAGAAAAUAUUCUGUAAAGCUUACCAUGUCAAAGCAGCAGAGAAAUCUGUAGAGGUAGUUCAGGAUUCUGAGAAGCAAACUACUGAAUUGGUUCAAGAAAACAAAAUGAAAAAGAAGAAGAAAAAAAAGAGAGAACAUGUUGUUGGAAAUAAUAUAGGUGUAGAAGCAACAGAGCAGGUUGAGUCUCUAGAAGUAGUUCAGUACAUUCCACAGCACAUUGUUGAAUCCAUUCCAGAGAAAAAAAAAAAGAAAAAACAGAAGGAACACGUUAUUAAAAAUAACGUAGGUGUAGAGACAUGUCAAUUAGAAGCAGCCGAACUAGUAGAAGAAGUACUGGAAGAUUCUGUGAAGCAAACUCCUGAAUCAGUUACAGAGAAAAAAUUGAAAAAGAAAAAAGAACAAGUUGUAGAAAAUAAUUUGGGUGUAGAAGCAACAGAGACUGCCCAGGCUCUGGAAGGUGAUGAAGCUUGUCCUGUAGAAGCAGCAAAGAAACCUGUAGAAGUAUUUCAGGAUUCUAAGAAGCAAACUACUGAAUCAGUUUCAGACAACAAAUUGGAAAAGAAGAAGAAAAAGAAGAACAAACAGGUUUUUGAAAAUAACAGGGGUGUGCAAUCUUGGCAAGUAGAAGCAGCAAAACAAGUAGAAGUACUGAAAGAUUCUGUACAGCAAACUACUGAAUUAGUUUCAGAGAAAAAAAUGAAACAGAAGAAAAGCAAGAGAGAUCAGGUUGUUGAAAACAAUGUAGAUGAUGAAGCUUGUCCUGUAGAAGCAGCAAAGAAAAAUGUAGAAGUAGUUCAGUAUUCUGAGAAGCAAACUACUGAAUCAGUUCCAGACAACAAAUUGAAAAAGAAGAAGAAAAACAAGAGCGAACAAGUUAUUGAAAAUAACAUGGAUGUGGAAGCUUAUCAAGUAGAAGUAGCAGAACAAAUAGUAGAAGUACUGAACGAUUAUGUGAAGCAAACUACUGAAUCAGUUCCAGAGAAAAAAAUGAAGAAAAAGAAGAAAGAACAAGUUGUAGAAAAUAAUGUUGGUGUAAAACCAGCAGAGACUGUUAACACUUUAGAAGUAAUUCAGUACUGUCAACGAACUACUGAAUCGAUUGGAGAGAAUAAAAUGAAAAAGAGGAAGAAAAACAAGAGAGAUCAAGUUGUUCAAAGCAAUGUAGGAGAUAAAGCUUCUCAUGUAGAAGCAGCAGAGAGAACAGUAGAAGUAUUUCAGGAUUCUGAGAAGCAAACGGUUUCAGAAAAGAAAUUGAAAAAGAAGAAAGAAAAGCUGGUUGAAAAUAAUUUAGAUUAUGUUACUGAAUCAGUUCCAGAGAAAAAAAUAAAGAAGAAAAAGAAAAAGGAACAAAUUAAACAAAAUGAUGUAGGUGUAAAACCAACAGAGACAGUUGAGAAUGUUCAAAAAACUUCUGAAUCAGUUCCAGAGAACAAAAGGAAGAAGAAAAAGAAGAAAGAACAGGUUGAUGAUGAAGCUUGUCCUGUAAAAGCAGCAGAGAAAACUGUAGAAGAAGUUCUGGAUUCUGAAAAGCAAACUGAAUCAGUUCCAAAGAAGAAAUUGAAAAAGAAGAAAGAAAGGCUGGUUGAAAACAAUGAAGGUGAUGAAGUUUGUUCUGUGGAACCAGCAGAGCUAAUCAGAGAUCUAGAGGUAAUUCAGCAUCAUGAACAGAAAGCCGCUGAAUCAGUUCCAAAGAAAAAAUUAAAGAAGAAAAAGAAGAAAGAACAAUUUAUAGAAAAUAAUGUAGAUGUAAAACCAACAGAAACAAUUAAGGCUCUAGAAGUAGUUCAGUACCAUCAACAAGCUACUGAAUCAGUUCCAGAGAACAAAAUGAAGAAGAAGAAAAACAAAAGAGAUAAGGCGUUUGGAAACAAUGUAGGUGAUGAAGCUUGUCCUGUAGAAGCAGCAAAGAAAACUGUAGCAGUAGUUCAGUAUUCUGAAAAGCAAACUACUGAAUCAGUUCUAGAGAAGAAAAUGAAAAAGAAGAAAGUAAAGCUGGUUGAAAAUGAUUUAGGUGAUGACCAUACUGACUCUGUUCCAGAGAAAAAAAUUAAGAAGAAGAAAAAGAAGGGAGAACAUGUUGAAACUAACGUAGGUGUAGAAGCUUGUUAUGUUGAAGCAACAGACCAAGUUGAGGCUCUAGAAUUAGUUCAACCCAAUCAGCAGCAAGGUACUGAAUUCAAUCCAGAGAUAAAAGGGAUGAAAAAGAAGAAGAAAAAGAAGAGAGAACAGUUUGGAGAAGAAGACAAUGUUGGCGCUGAAGCUUGUCCUGUACAAUCAACAGACCAAAUUGAGACUUUUGAAGUUGUUCAGCACUAUCAACAUCAGGCUACUGAAUCAGAUCCAGACAAAAGGGUAAAGAAGAAGAAGAAAAGGAAGAGCUUUGAGGUUUUUCAAAACAAUAUGACAGUAGACUUUUGUGAAGUGAUUCAGGAUUGUGUGCAGGAAGCUGCUGAACUAGUUCCAAAGAAGAAGCAAAAGACAAAGAAAAAGAAAGGACGGGAUGUUGAGGGAACUGUGGAUGUAGAGGCUAUUCACGUAGCCACAGCAGAGCAUGUGGAGACUCUAGAAUUGGUUCAGGAGGCUGAGCAGCAAUGUCCAGAAUUGGAUUCGGAGAUAAAAGUAGACAAGAAGAUAAAGAAGAAAAAGAAGAAACCUGAGGAUGUUGAAGAAAAUGUGGACGUGAGAGCCAGCAGCUCAAGUAAACAAGUAGAUGCUCUAGAACUGAAGCAUGAUUUUGAGCAGGAGUCUGUUCAAUUGGUUCCAGAAAGAAAGAAACUAAAGGGGAAGAAGAAGAAGAAAAGAAAGCAAGAUGCUGAUGACAAUGAGACAUGGAAAUGAGGGGAGAUUCCUAGAUUCUUCUCAGCAUGUUAAAAAGAAUUCCAAAGUUGUUGGGGCAGUUUGGUGUUGGGUGCUUUGCUCAGUGGCACCUAAGUUGUAACCUGCUGGUUAAGGGAAUUGAACUGGCAAACGUCUGGUCACAAGGCCACUUCUGUACAUCUCAUACCAUUGUGUAUGUAUACACUGUGUUUAUGUUGAAUUAUAUGUAUACAGAAUGUUGUAUAUAUUGCAUCCUAGAAGUGCCUCAGAGAUUCCCCACCAAUGCCUUCAGAAAGAAUGUCAGAAAUGAAGAUGAAAAGAGACAAUGUUGCUUCAGGUCAGAGCGUGUGCAACAUCAGAAAGAUGCAAUAUUGUAAUGCAACCACUGGACUGAAAUGAGUUAAAAGCACAGAGGACGUUUCAGGCACAUAUCUUGUCUGCAACAAGAGCAGGACAAAGAGGACAGACUACCUUUAUAUAUUCUGGAGAUUAUUCUCACUCAGAGCUGCACAUUCCAUAGUGUCUGUUGCUUCAAACCCGUGUUCAUCGACCCGUGAUGUACCUCAUCCAAAAAGAGUCCUGGACUUUUAAGAUCAUGUGAUGAAUAUCUCUGCAUACAGAUGCGUAUGCUUAUAUGUACUUCAUAAUGUAAGUUGUGUACAUUCUCUACCUCUCAAUGGGAGCUGGACUUCUUUAUUUUUAUUUAUGUUUUAGCAUAUUCGUAAACAGUGAUUAAACAAAUAAAAGAUGUACAUAUUUUUUAAAGGUCAAAACAUACUUAGAUCCUUAAUUUGUUCCUGGAAAUAAACUCAGUGCCUGUUACA